AUGGCACACAUUGUAGUGAUCGGAGCCGGCGUAAUCGGAUUGAGCACCGCCGUGAGACUCCAGCAGGAUGGUUACAAAGUAGCAAUUGUGGCCAAGGAGUUUCCGAGUCCGUUUGAGACCGUUGACAGCAAAGCUUCAAUCAAUUACACCUCACAAUGGGGUGGCGCUCACAACCGCUGGGUCAUACCGGCCAACGAGAUGGAACAGCGCGAUCAUGUCAUGGCUCUUAGAACAUUUCAGCACAUGGAUUCACUGGUGAAGAGCAAUCCUGAAGCUGGCAUCACCUUCAUGCCCGGCAUUGAAUAUCUCGAGGACCCUCCGGCCCAGUAUCAAGCUCUCACGGAGGAAACGGCCAAGAGCUUGGGAUUGGUGGAUUUCCGGCUCCUGAAUAAGAGGGAAUUCCCGGACGAUAAGGUGAGGUGGGGAUGCGAGUACAAGACAUGGUGUGUGAACCCCAUGAUCUACUGCUCGUUCCUCCUUCGCAAGUUCUCAUGGAGUGGCGGUCAAGUCCUCCGCAGGGAACUCAGUGAUGCUCGCGAGGCCUUCUCGAUCAAAGAGUUGCCAAACGUGCGACAUGUAGUCAACUGCUCUGGUUUUGGAUUUGGUGACCCAAACUCAUUCAUCACGAGAGGUCAAACGUGUGCUGUAGCCAACUUCAGCCCGGCAACAGUGACGAGACAGAAUGCCGAUGGAUCCUGGACAUUUUGCGUGCCUCGAAACUUCGACGGCGGCACUAUCGUUGGUGGCACAAAAGAACCCGAUAAUUGGGACACUGAACCGUCAGUGGAAGUACGGGAAAAGCUUCUCAAAACUUUUGCUGCCACGUAUCCCAAGAUCCUCGGGGACAAUGGCGAGUAUCGCGUCCUCAAAGAUGUCGUGGGGCGGCGGCCGACACGGAAAGGCGGCUUGAGACUGGAGAGAGAGGAAGUGGACGAGAAACACACCAUAAUUCAUGCAUAUGGACUUGGUGGUAGGGGGUUCGAGAUGUCCUGGGGUGUAGCUGAGGGUGUACUCGAAUUAUUGGGAGACUUGGGAAUCAUCCCGCGACUUUAG